AUGUCUCCUGGGGGUAAAGAGGAACCCAACACAGGUGAGGAGAUAAUCGUUUGUCUUAUAAAAGACGAGUCUCGGGAUUAUCAGACCGAUGCCCCAUUCAUGCCCCAUGACCACACAUACACACGAUGGAAUAGUCAUGGGCGAUCGAUUGUAGAUGAAGGAAGAACGAUUACUGGCUCUCUAGGGAAGCGGCUCGAUGAUGAUGGCCCCGCCUCCAGUACCGAUGGAGAGCCCAUGGAAGGAACUCUCAGAGAAGUCCAAUCUUUAUCAGACCAAGUCUGGUUUUCAGAUGUUCCUCCUGCAAUGGCUCGCAGACUGUCUAGUCUUCUCCUGCAACCGGCAGAGAACAACCAACCCGAUGGGGUCCGACCAACCAAAGAUCGGCAACCAGAGACGGGGGACCGUCCUAUUCCUCCAUCUCUGGCCAAGACGGGGGGUCAUAUCUGUGGAGAAUGUGGGAAAUGGUUUUACCGUAAAAGCUACCUGGACGCCCACCAGAAGGUCCACACCGCGAGGAAUCCCUAUUCAUGUCCCUCGUGUGGCCAAAACUUCACCGACAAGGAAAGCUUUGCCGGCCACCAGACCAGUCCGGCGUGCCUGAGACCCUUCACCUGUCCGGAAUGUGGAAGAAGAUUCAAGAAUUCCCAUCGGCUGAAAUACCACCGAAGGAUUCACGUGGAGGGGAAGCGGUUCCUGUGCGCCACGUGUGGGAAGGACUUCCCCUCGCAGUCGUCCCUCGGCGUGCACGAGAGGACCCACACCGGACACCAACCCUACCAAUGCAGCCAAUGUGGCCAGCGGUUCAGCCAAAGCGCUAGCCUGUCCGCCCACCGGAGACUUCACACCGGAGAGAAGCCAUUUACGUGUACGGAAAGUGGGCGGAGCUUCGUUCAGCGCGCCAGUCUGGACUUCCACCAACGCACUCACACCGGGGUCAAGCCGUAUUCCUGUCCAGAGUGCGGGAAAUGCUUCACUCAGCCGAGCUCCCUAACCCAACACCGGAGAAGUCACACCGGAGAGAAGCCGUGUACGGAAUGUGGGCGGAGCUUCACUCAGCGCGUCAGUCUGGACUUCCACCAACGCACCCACACCGGGGUCAAGCCGUAUUCCUGUCCAGAGUGCGGGAAAUGUUUCACUCAGCCGAGCUCCCUAACCCAACACCGGAGAAGUCACACCGGAGAGAAGCCGUGUACGGAAUGUGGGCGGAGCUUCAGUCAGCGCGUCAGUCUGGACUUCCACCAACGCACCCACACCGGGGUCAAGCCGUAUUCCUGUCCAGAGUGCGGGAAAUGUUUCACUCAGCCGAGCUCCCUAACCCAACACCGGAGAAGUCACACCGGAGAGAAGCCAUUUACGUGUACGGAAUGUGGGCGGAGCUUCACUCAGCGCGCCAGUCUGGUCUUCCACCAACGCCCCCACACCGGGGUCAAGCCGUAUUCCUGUCCAGAGUGCGGGAAAUGUUUCACUCAGCCGAGCUCCCUAACCCAACACCGGAGAAGUCACACCGGAGAAAGGCCGUACUUGUGUCCCGAGUGCGGGGAAAGCUUCGCCCUGUGGGACAGUCUGACCAAACAUCGCCGGAGACACGGCGACCACAAACCGUAUGGCUGCGCCGAGUGUGGGCGGGGCUUCACUCAGCGCGCCAGUCUGGUCUUCCACCAACGCACCCACACCGGGGUCAAUCCGUAUUCCUGUCCAGAGUGCGGGAAAUGUUUCACUCAGCCGAGCUCCCUAACCCAACACCGGAGAAGUCACACCGGAGAGAAGCCGUGUACGGAAUGUGGGCGGAGCUUCAGUCAGCGCGUCAGUCUGGACUUCCACCAACGCACCCACACCGGGGUCAAGCCGUAUUCCUGUCCAGAGUGCGGGAAAUGUUUCACUCAGCCGAGCUCCCUAACCCAACACCGGAGAAGUCACACCGGAGAGAAGCCAUUUACGUGUACGGAAUGUGGGCGGAGCUUCACUCAGCGCGCCAGUCUGGUCUUCCACCAACGCCCCCACACCGGGGUCAAGCCGUAUUCCUGUCCAGAGUGCGGGAAAUGUUUCACUCAGCCGAGCUCCCUAACCCAACACCGGAGAAGUCACACCGGAGAAAGGCCGUACUUGUGUCCCGAGUGCGGGGAAAGCUUCGCCCUGUGGGACAGUCUGACCAAACAUCGCCGGAGACACGGCGACCACAAACCGUAUGGCUGCGCCGAGUGUGGGCGGGGCUUCACUCAGCGCGCCAGUCUGGUCUUCCACCAACGCACCCACACCGGGGUCAAUCCGUAUUCCUGUCCAGAGUGCGGGAAAUGUUUCACUCAGCCGAGCUCCCUAACCCAACACCGGAGAAGUCACACCGGAGAGAAGCCGUGUACGGAAUGUGGGCGGAGCUUCAGUCAGCGCGUCAGUCUGGACUUCCACCAACGCACCCACACCGGGGUCAAGCCGUAUUCCUGUCCAGAGUGCGGGAAAUGUUUCACUCAGCCGAGCUCCCUAACCCAACACCGGAGAAGUCACACCGGAGAAAGGCCGUACUUGUGUCCCGAGUGCGGAGAAAGCUUCGCCCUGCGGGAGAGUCUGACCAAACAUCGCCGGAGACACGGCGACCACAAACCGUACGGCUGUGCCAGUGUGGGCGGGGCUUCACUCAGCGCGCCAGUCUGGACUUCCACCAACGCACCCACACCGGGGUCAAGCCGUAUUCCUGUCUAG